CGGUGCGCUUUCCGGCGCAGUCGCGGCGCGUCGCAGCUGUCAUGGCGGAGGCCUCUUGGAGCACUGACACGGGGGAGGCAGUGUAUCGCUCCCUGGAUCCCGUGCGCAACUUGCGCCUCCGAGUCCACCUGCAAAGAAUCACAUCAGGCAACUUUCUUCAUUAUCAGCCUGCUGCCCAGUCCGGGAGUGACCUCAUAGACUUGGCCACUUUUAGGCCUCAACCAACUGCCAUCACAGAGCAAGAAAUGAUGCUGGUUUGGCUCAAGCGUUUGACUCACUCUGUUGUCUUUGGAGGUGGACACCGCCCGGAUGAAGAUGAAGAGGAGGAGAUUGUCAUUGGGUGGCAGGAGAAGCUCUUUAGCCAGUUUGAAGUAGAUUUAUACCAAAAUGAAGCAGCCUGUCAGAGUCCUUUGGAUUGUCAAUAUCGUCAAGAGAUCCUGAAGUUGGAGAAUUCAGGUGGCAGGAAGAACCGACGAAUCUUUACCUACACUGACUCUGAUAGAUACACCAAUUUGGAGGAGCACUGUCAGAAAAUGACCACCGCAGCCAGUGAGGUGCCGUCAUUCUUAGUUGAACGAAUGGCAAAUGUCAGGCGGCGACGGCAGGACAGGAGAGGAAUGGAGGGCGGCAUCCUCAAGUCACGCAUCAUCACCUGGGAACCCUCAGAAGAGUUCAUCAAGAACAGCCAUGUCAUUAACACCCCUCUUCAGACAAUGUACAUCAUGGCGGACCUGGGGCCAUAUGGAAAGCUUGGCUAUAAGAAGUAUGAGCAUGUCCUCUGUACCCUGAAGGUGGACAGCAAUGGUGUGAUCACAGUUAAACCUGACUUCACAGGCCUCAGAGCACCCUACAGAAUCGAGACAGAAGGGGAGAAGCAGGAGCUGUGGAAGUAUACGAUCGACAACGUGUCCUCCCUCGCACAGCCAGAGGAGGAGGAGCGGGAACAGCGAGUGUUCAAGGAUCUUUAUGGCCGGCAUAAGGAGUAUCUCAGCAGCCUCGUGGGCACUGACUUUGAGAUGACUGUCCCAGGCACGCUCCGGCUCUUUGUAAAUGGAGAGGUAGUUUCAGCACAAGGCUAUGAGUAUGACAAUCUCUACGUCCACUUCUUUGUAGAAUUGCCAACUACUAACUGGUCAAGCCCAGCAUUGCAGCAGCUCUCAGGAAUAACACAGACCUGUGCCACCAAGUCCCUGGGAAUGGACAAGGUGGCUUACUUCUGUUACCCAUUCACAUUUGAAGCCUUCUUCCUCCACAAGGAUGAAUCUGCUGAUGCUCUCCCUGAGUGGCCUGUGCUCUAUUGCGAGGUCCUCUCCUUGGACUUCUGGCAGAGGUAUCGUGUGGAAGGCUACGGGGCUGUGGUGCUGCCUGCCACCCCAGGCUCUUACACCCUGACCGUCUCCACGUGGAGACCCAUGGAGCUGGGCACGGUAGCUGAGCUGAGGAGGUUUUUCAUCGGCGGUUCUCUGGAACUAGAGGACCCUUCCUAUGUGCGGAUACCAGGAACCUUCAAGGAUGGGAAUGAGAAUGGGAGCGAGGCCAGCCUGGCACCUGGCGUCUUGAGACUGCAGAAGCCUGAUGCCGUCUCGACCGUAUGCCACAGGGGGAGCGUCUCAGCCGCUUCGGACUCCGCACAGAAACCACAGGGAGCGUCACCUUCCGCUUGCACUGUCUGCAGCAGUCCAGAGCCUUCAUGGAAUCAAGCUCCCUCCGGAAAAGAAUGCAGAGUAUGUUGGACCGUCUGGAAGGAUUCAGCCAGCAGAGCUCCGUUCACAAUGUGAUGGAGGCCUUCUAUCGAGCCCGGCGCCGCAUGCAGGAGGCCCGAGAAAGCCUCCCCCAGGACCUAGUAGGGCCCUCGGAAACCUUGGAGUCCUAGCUCACUGUAGCCCUGGCCCAUGGUGCAAGAGGACAGGACGAGAUUUGCCUGAGGCUGGUACUCUCCUGCCUCUUCCUCUUUCUUAUUACAGCCCAUACUGACCUACUGGGAACUAGAAGAGCUAGGAAAUCCCUGGUUGGCCCCGCUGCCUAACCUUCUGCUGGGUCUUUUCUCUGUCAUGUGGAUAUAAAGCCAGAGACCUGUGGCCUGCUGUGGUCCCCCUCUUCAUAUUUCAGCUGCUAUAAAUGGGCAUCACAACAAGACAGACUUUUGGUCUGCAGCUAGUUUGGGGUGACCUCAUAAUUAGUCCACCCUUGACACAGCCUCUUCUCUGGCUUGUCUUAUAGCCUCAGUAGCAGAGAGCUACAGGGAUCUGCUGUUCCACAGCCUGCCUGCUUUCUUCCAAGACAGGAGGAGGAGGGUGAGAGAGAUCUUAAAUCUUGGCCUGUGAGUCUCAGCCUCCUCUUUCCAGGGCAGCCUCGUUCUGCUGCUUAGGGCUUAUUGAGAUUGAGAUAUGUCUCAUUUCUGGUGUAAAUGAGGGCUAAAGGCAGUGCCCAGUCCUUUUUGCUAGCUGGCUAUAUCUUUUAUUGUGUUUUUUAUACAUAAAAACUUUUUAUAUUGA